AUGGCUCAAUUCCGAUCUUCUGCCCCUCUCCCCCAGGGCUUCUCAGUCUAUCAGCCUCAACUCGGCGCUCAGCUGCAGUUCUUCCCUGCCCUCGGCUCGCAGGAACUCGAUGACAUGAUCAACGCCUACAUUCCUGGAUCUGCUGCUCUCAAGGAAAAGCGGGCAACCAUCUCGCUCGACUUUUUGGAGCACACACAGCUUACGGGCCAGACAUUCAAGUUCUACCCCGUCUACUCAUCCAGCCCCGUCGCUGCCUCUCCCGCCAUUUCCACAUCCUCCUUCAGCAACACAUCUCCCGUCAACUCAACGUGGGAUUGGAGUCAAGCCUCCGCAUCUCCCGCAGUGUCUUCUCGAUCUUCCGGUUCCAAGAGCCGCAAGGCCUCUCAGUACUCCACGCCUGAUCUUUCGCACCUCCCUGGCAUGAAGAUCAUGACCAAGGACGGCCAGGAUGUCACAGAUUCCGCCUCUCGAGGAUCAAAGACAAAGGAGCAGCGCGACCACGCACACCUGAUGCGCAUCAUCAAGGCCUGCGAUAGCUGCAAGAGAAAGAAGAUUCGAUGUGACCCGAGCCACAAGAAGCGAACAGCCGCUCAGGCUCAGCCUCAGUCUGCCGCAAAGCAGGCAAAGAAGGCACGCACGGCGGCGGCAGCGGCAGUCGCGGCAGUGGCAGCGGCACCACCACAGAAAUCAACUUCUGCAGUGGCCUUAUCCAGAGGACAACACGACAAUCCAGACAUACCAAUGUCCAUGUUUGGCAUAGAUCCCACCUUUACAUUUGCUGGCUUGGACAGCGUCGAGUCCACUGAUCAGACAUACGAGUCAUGGGAAGAGUUUAUCCAAUACCCCGUGGACGUCGCCGAUGAGAAUUACGACUUCUUCCUUGAUCCCGAAGGCUACCUCUCCUCCCAGUCUUCUGCUUCCUCUUCUUCUGCGUCGCCCCCCAAGGCCUUUACGCCGGCGUCGCAGCAAGAUCUGCAGGCGUCAUUUGGCCUGGAGGAACGCGAGGGAUUCUCGUCCGAAUCGACAUCACCAGAGCUACCAUUCCUGCAAGACAAUCACACUGGCCUCAACAACUACACCGACUUUAGCCUAUUCUCGCCCUCGUCGAGCUUCUCCGAGGAUGACCGCAUGCUUUCGAUUUCGUCUUCGCGCACUCUAAGCCCGGCCCAGCCUUCUGCAUCAGAAUCUGAUUCAUUCGUCUACGGCAGCUUCGAUGGUGAUGGCCAAGGCCUUGCCACUGGCGGUAGCGGCGCAAGCGAGGUGGUCUCUCCCGCUGGGGAGACGGGCUUAGUCGCGGCUGCUGACACGAGCCUGUCGUGGUAUGAUCCGGGCCCCAGCCCGAGUGACUCUCGUGCACAAGACUCGCGAGCCGGCAUAAGUAUAACACGGCCCGCAGGAUGGGUGGGUGAUGUACGCAUAGCGUACUCGCCCGGUGGCUCGGUACUCGUUACGGCAUCAUCCGCAAGCGGUACAGAAGUAAUUGCGAACAGUGCAAUUGCGAAUAGCGCACCACUUGCUCAACUAGAUACUUCUCGAUCUGGAUCAAUUGCAAUUGCUAUUACUGGAAGGGAUACAUCAGCCGAAUUUACUACGAGCCAAGCGACAAGCACUGCACUGCAGUUCGGCGGCGAAACUCAAGAUGAGCUCAAAUCAUACGGCCAUUCGCCAACUGAGCGUGGCAGACUCCGAAGUGAAACACCAGUUGGUGAUUCAGCUAGAUUGUUCGGCGAACAAGCCGGCUUCCAAACCGUAUGUCCAGACGCAGCCACACUCGCCGCCGCUCUCUUGUCGACUGACAUGAAGAAACAGGAAACCUCGAGCGACCAAGCAAACGCCUCGGCCCCUGCGCUGGCGACCGCCGCGAACCAUUCAGUCCAGCUCUCGACGGGCUCGGUAGAGUCCUUCUCGAUGGCCCAGACCGAGAAUUUGGUUGUCGACAGCGGCAUCAACCCCGAGGAUCCCCCCGGCGGCUUACAGUUAUUCUAUGGCACUACGCCCGAUGCUCUUCUGCUUGGCUCAGCUGCAUUUGCAAACGCCGGCGAGGAUGCUACGGCGGAUAGCCCACAAGCUUCGUUUGCCACCAUUCUUGAAGAAUCGCGUAUACCUGCCACAGAAACCAAUGGCAGUGGAAGCGGCCAAGCUGCUCCGCAGAGCGGUGAAGCCCAGAGCCAGCAACAAGCAGCAACACCUAUUGCCGUGAAUAUUCAACCAACCUCGCUGCUGCUCCUCCAGACGUCGCCCAAGCGCUAUGCUGCAGGCGACGAUGGUGCCGACUUUGGCACAGAGAGGAGCUUCAACAGGUGGCUUGGUGUUGAAGCGCUUGCUCAGGCCACCUUGGUCAUUCUGAUUGGCAUACUGACUGCAACGAUGCUUGCCGGCAUUACGGCAUCUUCAACAGCGUUCUGCUUGGCCUCGCUGGCUUCCGCCAUGGGAGCUUGCUGCCAACGUUUUGCGGUUCUCGACAGCGACUCCAAGCCUGUUGGAACGAUGCCAUUGGCAACGUCAAGUCCAAGAUCCCAACCUUCAGCACUACGACGAGAUUUUUCUCGCUUCUCCUCCCAAUUCUUCUCUUCUUCUUCUGUCUCUUCCCUGAGUAGGGGGAUGACUUUGCGCUUCAGCGGUGCCCCUUUGAUGGGCUAGAACGAUUGUUGCAUCCAGUUGACGAAUGUUUCGAGCGAAGAU